AUGAAGCAUCAGAUAUUGUUGGGAGAAGAUUCUUUAAUCAACAAUAUUAUUGUUGAAGUGAAACGAUCUCCAUCUCAAUCAGUUCUAGACGCACUUGAAGAUAUUUGGAUUCAACUUCAAAAAUCAAUAGGUGAAUGUCAUGAAGUGAUUUUGGUGUUGAAGAAUGUAUCCAAUCAAAGAAUAUAUAUCCCACAAUUCAAUUGUAUACCUAUAUCUAAAUUCACAAUCAUUGUAAGACUCAUCAAGCUUGUUAUUCAACAUUUGAAGUCUAAUUCUACAAGUUCCGUAAGAGAUAUAUAUUAUAAAGAUGUAGCUUUGUUCCAAAAUCGUCAACAACAUGCUAAAAUAGCUCUCAUAGAAUUAGCUACUUCUUUAGGAGUCACUCCUGAAGAAGGCUUUCAAAUCGUCCCCAGUCAAAAGGGAUUGGUUUAUGGGAAUAUUCAAAUCAGUGGUCCCAUGGGUUUCUUCUUAGAUUCAUCUCAAGGGUCAUGUUUAAUCCCACUUUUUUCAGUUACAGGGUCAAUGGAAGACUAUCAAUUAGUUGGAGAUUCAAUCCCAAUUGCAAUCAUUAUCCUUGAGAAGGAAGCCAUCUAUAGAUCUGUUUGUGAAACAUUACACGAAACCUAUCCAGAUCAUAAGCUAUUGAUUAUAACCGGCAAAGGGUUCCCCUGUAAACUAACCUUGAGAUUUAUACAACUUCUAACCCAUCUUGUGCCAAAAACGGUACCUAUUUUAGCCUUUGUCGACUCUGACAUCUAUGGUAUACAAAUAUGUCAGAAUUAUAGGUAUCCAAAGAAUGGUAAUAUUUGUGAAAGAGUAAUAUUCUCUGGGAUGUUUCUAUUAGAAUAUCAACAAGGUUGGUUGGAUACAACUUUUAAAGAUUGGAAAAGAAUGCAAAAAUUCUUACUACAAGAAUUCCCCAAGAAUUGUAAAGAGGUUGCAAAAUGGAAAAGGGAAAUCUCAAGAGGUAUGGUUCUAUUUAAGAAAUCUGAGAUGAAUGUUAUUCAAUCGGGAUAUACUGAAUACAUGUUGAAUAAGGUGAAUCAAUAUUGCAAGGUCAAUUACUUCAACCUUAAAAAGAGAAAGCUUGAUGAUUAUCUACACGAUAAAGAAGAAGAAGACAAUCUUUGUUACCUCCCAUCUACACAAGGUCUCCUAAGUGAAAACUCCUCAACACAAGGAGGAGCCACAUUCGACUUAUUCAAUUGUUAA